AGAAGAAAGCGUAUAGCGGAGGACAGGGCGACGUGGGCGCCCUCCACGCCGCGCGCCCACGGCCCCGUCCCGUCAGGCGUCAGGUCGGUCGGCACGUACGUACGGCCUUCUAGACGAAUCGGGGCUACUGUAGUACUCAUCCUGCCAGCGCCGCCGUCUCAUCCAUCCUUCCUUCUUCUCUCGCUCGCCGCUUCUCGCGUGAAACAUUGGCAGUUGGCAGCACAAGCAUCGUGACCUUCAGUCUGCGGCCCGCGACCAGCCUGCGCCACCAGCUCCCUGCCAGGUGCCAUGGCCGCGCCCCGCCCCACCGUCCUCGUCACCGGCGCCGGCGGCCGCACAGGUCAAAUCGUGUUCAACAAGCUCCGGGAGAGAUCCGACCAGUUCGCGGCGAGGGGCCUGGUGAGGUCCGAGGAGAGCAAGCAGAAGAUCGGGGGAGCCGACGACGUCUUCGUUGCCGACAUCAGGGAGGCGGGCCACCUCGCGCCCGCCGUCCAGGGCGCCGACGCGCUCGUCAUCCUCACCAGCGCCUCCCCCAAGAUGAAGCCCGGGUUCGACCCCACCAAGGGCGGCCGCCCCGAGUUCUACUACGACCACGGAGCCUACCCUGAGCAGGUGGACUGGAUUGGGCAGAAGAAUCAGAUCGAUGCCGCCAAAGCAGCCGGUGUGAAGCACAUAGUGUUGGUUGGAUCCAUGGGGGGGACAAACCCCAACCAUCCUCUCAACAGCCUUGGCAAUGGCAACAUAUUGGUCUGGAAGCGCAAGUCUGAACAGUAUCUGGCAGACAGUGGAGUUCCUUAUACAAUCAUAAGGCCUGGUGGUCUGCAAGACAAGGAUGGGGGAGUGAGGGAGCUGAUUGUCGGGAAGGAUGAUGAGCUUCUCCAGACUGACACUAAGGCGAUUCCUAGGGCUGAUGUGGCCGAAGUUUGUGUUCAGGCCCUGCAGUAUGAAGAGGUGAAGUUCAAGGCAUUCGAUUUGGCUUCGAAACCUGAAGGCGAGGGCACCCCGACCAAAGAUUUCAAAGCGCUGUUCUCCCAGGUCACAGCCCGGUUUUGAGUCAUCAGUCCAGGAGUAUACUUGCAUUUCUAGCUUACAAGGAUCUUACUGUAUGAGUGUGUAAGCUUUUGUGUAUUAUGGAGGUGCUGGCUGGUAUAAUUGCACAAUCGUUUUAUCAAUAAUGCUGAAAAUAAACUCCUGCCGAUGCAUGGAGAUUCGAGAAGCAAAA